AGCUGUGAAGAGGGAAGGUGUGUUUAGUUGGAGUGGGGUUUCGGGAGCGCUGUAUCGUCUCACUCUCCUCUCAGGGCGCGUUGCCUCGCCUAUUGUUUGAUCAAACUCGUGUAUUUUACCCGUCUCCCACUCAUUUUCCGCGGAUACACGUUUGAAGAAAAAACCGUUUAUGGUCCUGGCUGAAGAUUUCACGAUGUCUCGCACCGACGAGGUUCACCGCUUGACGGAAAAUGUCUAUAAGACCAUCAUGGAGCAGUUCAACCCCUGCUUACGGAACUUUGUUGCCAUGGGGAAGAACUAUGAGAAGGCCCUUGCCAAUGUGACAUUUGCUGCCAAAGGCUACUUUGAUGCUCUGGUCAGAAUGGGUGAACUUGCCAGUGAGAGCCAAGGAUCAAAAGAUUUGGGGGAUGUGCUGUUCCAGAUGGCUGAGGUCCACAGACAGAUCCAAGUGCAGCUAGAGGAGAUGUUGAAAUCCUUCCACAACGAGCUGCUCUCUGAGCUGGAGAAGAAGGUGGACCUGGAUGCUCGUUAUCUGACUGCUGCCCUGAAGAAAUACCAGAUGGAACACAAGAGCAAAGGGGAGAGUCUGGAGAAGUGCCAGGGUGAACUGAAGAAGCUGCGCAGGAAGAGCCAGGGCAGCAAGAACCCCUCCAAGUAUGGAGAGAAGGAGAUGCAGUUUGUGGAGACCAUCAGCAGUAAGCAGACUGAGUUGGACACCUUCAUCGCCGAGGGAUACAAGACAGCUCUAUCUGAGGAGCGCCGCAGGUACUGCUUCCUGGUGGACCGCCAGUGUGCCGUGGCCAAGAACAGCAGCGCCUACCAUGGCAAGGGUAAAGACCUUCUGACCCAGAAGAUCCCAGUGUGGCAACAGGCUUGCUCAGACCCCAACAAGCUGCCAGAGAGGGCCAUGCUCCUGGCCCAGCAGAUGGGAUCUGCCGCCCUCGGGGGCACAAGCCCCCUGCAUACCUCCAAAUCCAACUUGGUGAUCUCAGACCCUAUCCCCGGGGCCCAGCCUCUUCCCGUGCCCCCAGAGCUGGCUGUUUUCAUGGGCAGUGGCCUGGGACACCCAGCGAGGCUGAUGGGCCCUGAUGGUAUGUCCAUGGUAAAUGGGACAACAGGAGUCCACGGGGAGGAAUAUUGGACGGAUGGAGGGACUAUAUCCGUGUCCCAAGUCAGGCCUUCAUCCCCUCAGACCCAGGCGCAGGGCCAGUCCCAGGCUCAGCCCCAGAGACAGGUCAGCGAUGUCUACUCCAACACCCUCCCUGUCCGCAGGCCUGCCCCCGCCAAGAAUAAGAACCCCGUGGGAGAGACACGGACCCUGCCCAGGUCCAGUUCCAUGGCAGCAGGCCUGGAAAAGAACGGGCGUGCCCGCGUCCAGGCCAUCUUUUCCCACGCUGCAGGAGACAACAGCACCCUGCUCAGUUUCGCAGAGGGAGAUGUAAUCACCCUGCUAGUGCCUGAGGCCCGCGAUGGCUGGCACUAUGGGGAGAAUGAGAAGAACAAGAUGCGUGGCUGGUUCCCUUUCUCCUACACACGUGUGCUGCCUGAAAGCGACAGUGAGAAGCUCAAAGUGAACCUGCACCAUGGGAAAAGUAGCAGCACAGGGAACUUGUUGGAGAAUGAUGGAUCACUGCCCACACCUGACUAUGGCCUGACUGCCCGGCUGCUGGCACAGAGCCUAGCACAGACCCGCCCACGCCCCUACAGCAUGGCAGGCUUUGGCACACAGCCUGCUAUUGAGGAUUAUGACGGCCGCUUUGCCACAAGUGACAGUCCUGAUGGCAAAUUGAUUUCGACUGUGUGAGAACAGACAUACAGACAGACACAGACAGCUCCGGAUAGCACAGGGGCCUCUUCCUCCCCAUCUUUCCCCUCCUCUUAGCCUCCCUCCUGUCCACUUAUCUCCACCUCUUCCUCCUCUGCCUCCACACACACCCCUUCUCCAAGUGGAAGAGGCCAGUUUCAUCCCUCCUUUCUGUCCUCUCUUCCUCCUCGGGUCCCUCCUUUCCUCCUUCCGUCCGUCCUGGGUGCUGCUGCUGGUGGUGUCGGUGUGGACAGUAGCGGUUGGUGGGUGGAGGAUUGCAUUGAGCGAGAGAGCCCGAGCGGGGCCUACCUGCUCGGCAUGCAGCGAUAUGGACUCUGAAUACUCUAUCUCUGAUCACAGUCCACCAUCACGGACUGAUCUCUCAAGAGACUGCCUUUGCUACUGCUUGUCUUUCAUGCAUGUACAUGGUUGUGUCAUUUUGUCAAACUAAAGGACAUGUUCAUGUACUGUACAAGUGCCAAAAGACUUCAAUGUCGUUGUACUAAAGCCACUGGCUGAAUGGCCUUUUUAAGCACACGUGGGCCCAGUAUUAUCGAGUUCCUGCCCAACACACAUGCUCAAAAAAAAAAAAAGCUUUGUUCAAAGUAAGGCUGUGCAGCAGAUUACUAUGUUUCUGUUCUGAGAGAUCCCGUUGGUCGCGCUGUGCUUCCUUGUGUCAGUGCUAGACUUGAUUUUCCGUCCAGAGGGUGUGUGUCAUAUUUGCCUUACUUUGCUUCUUUUAUUUUCUAUUAAACACUUUCUGUGCAAUGAAGCAAAUUUUCAAGAUGAGCUUCAAAAAUAUACAGUAUAUAUAUCUAUAUAUAUAUCUAUAAAUUGUUUCCGUCAGUCCAACAAAUUGCACUGUAUUAUGAUCAUUCCAAAAAACAUGUUUGCUUUCAAAUUUUUGGUAACACUUUGUAUUAAGGUACACAAAUUCACAAUUAACUUUUUACCUAUAAGCAUGUCUAUUACUGGAGUAGCACAUUGGCUCUUUAUUUGUCAUAAAGCACCUAUUUUGGCAUUUUCGGACAAACGUCACAUUUUUUUCUUUUUGACAUACUAUACUAUAGCGUUUUUCAAUUUUUUUUUUUUUCAAUUUUUGGACAUCCUAUAAUAUGGCGUUUGUUUGUUCUUUUAUAUAUAUAUAUUUUGGACAUGCUAUACUAUUCCAAAGCAUUUUAAGGCACUGACUUCACUGACUUUUUUUCAACAUACUAUGGCGUUUUCUUUGUACAUAGUAUAAUAUGGUCAACAUAGUAUUUAUGGGGUUUUGGAGGGUUUUUUUACUCACUAAAUAUACAUGGUCAUACUAUAUUAUGGUGUUUUGUUUUAUAUUUUUGGACAUACUCUUACCAUAAUCAACAUGCUAUUCUACAGCAUUUUUUGGCAUUUUUGGAAAAACUACAUUAUGACUGUUUUUGGACAUACUAUACUAUGGCUUUUUUUUCCUCUUCAUUUUUGGACAUACUAUAAUAUUUUUUUUUCUUUUUUUAUAUUUAAAAAAAAAAAUUUGACAUGACAUGAAUUACCCUUAAUAUGUUCUGCACAUUAUGGGUUAGGAGUUAAUCCCAUAAGAAAAGUGAAUCUCCCUUAAUAACACUUAUUAUAUGUGGUCUGUUAUUAUGAAACAAAACAUCAAGUGUUAAUAUAACUGUAAAUGAAGUUUGUCUAACUCAGACGUGUAGCUAUAAUUGUUCAGUGCUAUUAACAAACUAUAAUACAUUAUAGACUUAACUGAAAGUGUUCAAAAGCCUUAAUAAGUGCUCUGUGAGGAUAAAUAAACAGCAAAUAUGCUACUAAUAUGCAUGUUAAUAAGCAGUUAGUUAAUGGUAAAUAUGUGUGUCUUAAUAUGAAGUGUUACCAAACUUUUAAAUUUAACUUUCAACCCUCAGCCCCACAGAAACUGUCUUUUUGUCAUUCUUGGCUGAACUUGCUGGCAGAAUCGUCAGUAAAAAUAAAAUUGCCUCACUCUAAUAACCUUCAGUUUGGUCUUUUUUCUGAAGCUAGUGAGUUGUUUUUUUGAGGGGUCUUUGAUCUUAUGUUGAGUAUCCUCAAUAACAGCUGUGAAUUAGUUUUUAGGUUAAAUGACAACCACGGCUUUUGCAGCUCUCAGUGUUAUUUAUGAUUGUAUUCCCUGAGUGGCUAUGUAGUUUUUGGUCUUUUCUUUAAAAAAAAAAUAUUGUCCUUGUAAAAAAAAAAAUAAUAAUAAUUUUAAAAAAAAAUCCGAAACCAUGAGAAACUGAUUAGUUGAAGUGUUUAUCUUAUGCAUGCUGUGGAGGGAAACCAGAAAAUGUGAUACUACAAAUUGACCUUGAAUGUAUGGUGACUUUUUACAAAGGUAUUCUAAAUAAAACAUAUCUCUAUAUAUUAAUAAACAGUCUGGUCUGACGAGAAAUCUGUUCUGUCAGUGACAAUGACAUUUUCAGUUUUGUUUGAAAAUGUUCUUUCCUGUUUCCAAGUUAUGGCUCUGAACUGAUUCUCCUUUUUCCCCCCAAUUAAAUAUUUAAAUUAAUUUGUUUUCUUUCUUUUCUUUUUUUUUUUUCUAAAUUUGCCUCCCUUGUGUAAAUCAUUUCAGGCCACAGCUGUGUCCCAAGCAUGCGGUCCCAUCCCUCCCCCUCCCCCAGUUACACCCAUAACAUCUGUGGUGCUCUCUGUGUCACAAAACAAAGACUGUCAGUGUGUGUGUGGUGGUGUUGUGUGUGUAUUGUGAGUAUCUGAACUGCCUGCCUGCUUAUCUUCUUGUUUUGGUUGUGUUUUUGGCUUGUGUUUGAGUUGUAUUUGGGUGAUAGAAAUAAUAAUAAUGCACACAUUUAGAAGACAUAACUCCAGAACUCCUGCCUGUUGAUUGCAUUGCAUUUGCAGUAUAUGUCCAAAACGACGAGGACACCUUUUCUCACAGUUUAUAGGGUUUGAAAAGGAGCAUACAGUAUAUGGCAUGUUGAGCAUGAAGUGUGUACCUCCAUCCCUCAUUUCAGUUGGUUAUUAUUAUUAUUAUUAUUAUCAACGUACUGUAUGUUCAUCAUGCACCAGACUAACCAGCAGUGUCGUAACAAAAUGUGACCCAUGCAUGAUUUGAGAGAUGAGCCAUUCAAACCCAAAAGUUCUCUUUACCUUCCAGUUUGGGUCCAGAAUUGUCCCGGUUCUGAGGGAACAGGACCUCCGUAAGUCACCAGCCUCCAUUGCCUUUCAGCCAAUCCCUUUCCUACUUCUCUCUAUUACUGCCUCUCUGCUGUCAUUGGCUGUCUGGCUGCAGUAGGGUGCUGGGAAAAAAAGGUCUUUUCUGUCCUUUGGCCUCCAAGGAUCUGGCAGCAUUUCUGUCAGUCCAGCAGGCUUUGGGUUGUAAAAGAAUUACUUCUCUCUUUUUCUUUAAUGUGUGUUUAUCACACCAUCAUACAGAGAAGACUAACCCUGCAUGCAUGCCUGUAGCAAGCUGUUUUUGUUCUUUUUCCCUCAUAUCUUACUUCUCAUUACAUGCUUGCUAAAACUCCCAGUAGAUACUGUAACUAAGAAACGCGACUAUGAGAAGGCAGAUUUCUUUGGGUGUGGUUACGUAGCUGACCAUGUAUCUCUCUCUAAAGUCAUGCGUUCAACCUAACUGUCACUGUUCCUUGUCUCACCCCCUCCUCUCCCCGCAGUGACCGUUCCCUGGAGGUCUACCUCAGGCCCACCUUCACUGAUGACCGAUCUGCACCCAUCUUCUACUAGCAGCCUGAGAGAGAAAAUGUUAUAUGAUGUUAUCACAAGAGGGCCCACACUACUAAGAGUUUAGUUUCUUUGCUGUGGGAAAUUCACUCCAAGAAUUUCCAGUUAAUCCUUGUGAUGUUUUUUGCUUUCGACAAACAUUGAAUGCCACAGCCUGAACAUUCAAUAUCAAGAGUGAGAGUAGAUUUUAUUAGUUAUUUAGAUCACACCAGUUGUGGUUAAGGUAUGGCUAAUAGGUUUUUAUUAGUAAUGCAGCCACAUUAUUAUUUAUCUGCACUUCUACUAUGGGAUUUUGUUUUUUUCCUUCAACACUAUACACUGUAAAUUUCAUUUGAGAGUUAUUUGCAUUAAUGAGCAGUGAAGACUUUGCAUUACUUGUUUAAAUGAGGCUUGAGGGUGAAUAAGAUUGUUGGUAACAGCUUUCAGUGCAUAAUUGUAAUAUGCACUGAAGUGUUGAUUGUAUAUUUGCCACAAUAGCUAGAACUGGUCAGUUGGUGAGUUAACUAUGAUUCUGCUUUUGUUAAAUGAUAUAGUACGAUAUAUAUUUACUAGUUGUGAUACAGUAUACCCAUAUUUUAAAUGUGGGAACUGUGCCUUCUAUUUUUUUUAAACGUAUGCUUCAUGCAGCAUUGAUCCAAUCAUUCUGUAAACUGGUUUGCAUCACAGUUCAACUUGUUUUUCUUUUUAUAUUUCUGAAAAUAUAAGUGGGAUUAUGUCCCUUUUGUUUGUAAUGUCAAGAUUUCUUUUUUUUUUUUUUUGCUUAGCGAGCUCCAGUACAGUGCAAUUUCACCAAAUUAAUACAAGAAUAUUUUCGCUAUUCUUUCCUUCUCUUUAAAUUUCAAUAAUAUCUGACCGAUAGAAAAGAGAUAUGAAAAAACAGUGCAUAUGUAAUAAUGGGUCUCUUUUUUUUUUUUUUUUUAAAUUUGCAUGAGGGAGUGGUAGCUUAUCAGAUAAGGUACAGUAUUAUCGUAGCUUUUGAUCAUGCAUUCUCAGUAUUAUAUACUCAUCUGGGAGCAAAGCGUAGAGCAGAGGCAUUAAUCUACAGUAUGAUGUGUGGGGAUAGAAGUGGAACUGUAUGUGAUGAAACAGCAAUAAUGUGUGUGGUUGUGUGAAUGAGCUUAAAUGCCUCUUAGACUGCAAGAAAUCAAGUGACACGGAUGAGUCCUUUACACUGAGUGAUAUGAUCAGGCUUUUAUUACACAGCUCACUUGGGCAGCAAGUUUCAAAUGCAUUUUUUACUUUUAUAUAGCUUUCAUUGUGUCCAUUUCUCACUUUUGUCCCUGUUUGUAUUAUAUCUGUACUGUACAGAAAGUGCAUAUAAAUUAUCAUGUCCAAAUAAAUCGAAAAGGGCAGAAACUUCA